AUGUCUGAUUUGAUCACGACCCGGUCGUGCUCUGACCGGCCGUUGCCAAUCAACAGCAAGAUAUGUAUCGUCGGUGCUGGAAUCUCGGGUCUUUAUAUUGCUCUCAUUCUCCAAUCUCUCAAUCUUCCCAAUCUCUCGAUUGAUAUCCUGGAAGCCGACCAUAGGGUGGGUGGGCGUGUAUACACCCACCGAUUCUCGGACGAGCCGUAUGACUACUAUGACGUGGGGGCGAUGCGAUUUCCUCGUCUGCCUCCAAUGGACCGUGUCUUCGAUCUCUUUCAUCGCGUGCAGGUACCUCUCGAGCCAUAUCGCAUGAACGGUCCCAAUUGCCGCCUGCUGCGUAAUGGUCGGGUGAUUGUCGGUCAAGGACUAUCCGAUCUCUUGGAUCCCCAUGGGGUCGGACGGUGCAGUGGGGGAAGCGUCCCCGACGAGAUAGUGCCCCAGGUGGAUGCAAUUCUCCGACAAGCAUUUGAGCCAUUCAAAAACGCGCUUCAACGGGACCUGGUGACGGGGUUCCGUCGACUGAUGGAGGUGGAUGAUUUGACCGCGCGAGAAUACCUUCGCCGUGGGCAGGACGGCGGGGGCCCCAAGUUCGACUUUGCCACCAUCCAGUGGAUGGAGACCAGCAGCACUGCGACAGGUCAUUUUGACCAGGCAUUGACGGAAUGUGUGCUUGACUCUUUCGCCUUUGAUUCUUCACCAGGCCAGGUGGAAUGGAUGCAAGUGACAGGAGGCACGUCGCGGGUCGUUGAGCGCAUGUGUCAGCUCCUCGGUGACCAGGAGGACCGAUGCCAUCUCGAGGUACGAAAACGAGUGGUCCGUAUUGCGAUGGACAACUCCCACGACAGUGACGAUAAUUUAUCUGUCCAAUGUGCUGGCGAAGCGGAGGCACGCUCGGGCUACCUGACCGUGUUCAACACCACUCCGUUGGGCUGCUUGCAGCGCAUCGAGACCACCUCAUUGCACCUGCACCCCAUGCAGAAAGAGGCGAUCCGGUGUCUGCGUUCCGAGAACUCCACCAAGGUGGCGCUGAAGUUCUCGUAUCCCUGGUGGCUUGUGGACUGUGGAAUCUCUCACGGUGGCUGUUCCUCCUCCGAUCUGCCCUCGCGAGUGUGCAUCUAUCCGUCCUCUGCCCCAGCGGACAAGCCGGCGGUUCUACUUGCCUCGUAUACUUGGGGCCAGGAUGCAAGUCGUAUGGGAGCGCUGGUCCAGCCCACCGGUGGUGAUCAGCGGAAAGGAGAAGAGGAGCUUGUCGAGUGUGUGUUGCGAGACCUCGCCAUCCUCCAUCAACCGCAUGUCUCGUACGAAAAACUCCGGGCGGCUUACAUGGAUCAUCACGCAUUUUGCUGGGGGAACAGCCCCUUCGCGUCGGGAGCCUUUGCCCUCUUUGGAGCGGGUCAGUUCUCACAGCUGUAUCCGUAUUUAAGUCAUCCAGCUGCGGAUGGCAAGUUUCACAUCGUGGGUGAAGCGUCCAGUAUCCAUCAUGGGUGGGUCGUGGGGGCACUCAACAGCGCCUACAUAGCAGUGUAUCGGUUUCUGGUCCGAUUCAACCAGUGGCAGGCAAUUCAAGUAUUGGAGCGAGACUGGGGGACAGUAGACGAGAUGAAGCUCGCAGAGGGGACUUCAAGUCAGGCCAGCACCGUCAAAGCAAGACUCUAG